AUGGCCGAUUCACCUGGCUCCCCCCUCUCCUCCGUUGCCUCAGACGACAUGUCGGACCGCGACGAGUCGAAGCAGGGUGUCUCAACCCCAUCAUCCAACAUGCCUCCGUCAAAGCGACGCCGUACCGGCAUGGCCUCCUGGGACCGUAACACGCCCGUGUCGACAACCUUCCAGGAUGAGCUGCCUCCGCCGGCGUCCCCGUCGUCUUCCAUAUCGUCCGAUACGUCCGGCGAAAUUCCCAACUCGCCCACCACGCUGUCGCUCAUAGGGGCAAACCAGGACGAGGACUACAGCGGGCUCUGCAGCGACCAGGUCACCGUGUGCAGGUGGGAUGGAUGCGAUUUUAAAGACUUCGGGAACAUGGACGAUCUGGUCCAACACAUCCACAAUGAGCAUGUCGGUAGCCGACAGAAGAAAUACUCCUGCGAAUGGUCCGACUGUACUCGGAAGGGCCAAACGCAUGCAAGCGGUUAUGCGCUACGUGCGCACAUGAGGAGUCAUACGAGAGAGAAGCCAUUCUACUGCGCCCUGCCUGAAUGUGAUCGCAGUUUCACGCGCUCUGACGCGCUCGCAAAGCACAUGCGGACGGUCCACGAGACCGAAGCCCUGCGCCCGUCUGACCCCGUCCCCAAGCGUCACGAUAACUUCUCAUCCGGCGGAACGCCGGUCGGCACUCCAGGCACCAAGCUGCAACGAAUCAAACUGAAACUAUCGCACCCACCGCGCGACGACUCAGAGCAAUACAGCGAGAGCAUCAACGACGAGACAGCCGCCAACGAGGAGCUCGACGAGUUCGAGGUCCCCGAGUUCGGCCCCGAUAGUGGCUUUGACGACCACGAGCUCGAGUUGAACCCGCACCAGCUAUACAGACUUCUCCGACGACAAAUCCACUGGGCAGAGCAGGAGGGCACAGAUCUGAAAAGCGACUGGGAAAAGAUCCAACCGAAAAGGAAACAGGCGUGGGAGGAGAAGGAAGCUAUAUUCGAUGAUGUGAUGACUGCGGAGGUCCGGCUUCUCACCAUCUUGAGGGAUUCUGACAGCCAUGCGGCGCAGGGGCAUGUUGUUCCAGUAAACGGUAUGCCCGCGAACGUACAACAACCUAUAGCGACCGCCGGCUAUGGUCCGUGA